AUGGAGAUUCGACCGAAGAUAGCCUUGGCCGUGCAACGACGUAACAGCAGCAGCAGCAACAGCAGCAGCAACACCAACAGCGACAGCACCACCAACAGCAGCGGCGGCGACAGCAACGUUAGCAGCGCUGCCAGUAGCAACGGCGGCAACCGGGACGAGGAGAGAAACGGGAACGAGAACGAGAACGGAAACGGUUCGUCCGCGUCGUCGUCGGUCACUCGGAGCGCCAGAUCCUCCGAGGACGACAUCACCUUGAACGAGAUGAUGGGCAAGUUCGACGAGAGUUACAUUUACGAGAAAGAGACGGACAUAUUGUCCGACAGUGAUCCGACCGAUUGCGAGGACUACAUCGAAUCCCUGUCGGAUCUGGAAGGGCCCCGAGACGUCGUCGGCGACGAGAACGACCCACUCGACAACGACUUUGACUACAUCGACAAUGGCUCGUUUCUCGAUCUCGCCGACAACCUCGACUGCUCCGGACGCUUCGCCAACACCGGCCACUGCACUUACUUUGCGUUUGCCGGCGAACUCGCUCGACGCAGCAGCAGACUGCGAGAAACGAUGAGCACGAAAAAUGGACACACGGCGAGAAAGCAGAUGACGCGGCAGAGGAAGCAACAAGCGGAUGAGAAACAGUCGAGCGAGAAACGGAAGAAACGGUCCUCGCAGCGUAGAAAGUCAAAUUUCAACAAACGCGAUGUGAACGCUAGCCUGACCGGG